AUGGAAGAAACAAAAAUUAUUUAUCACAUGGACGACGAGGAGACGCCGUAUUUGGUGAAGCUCAAUAUAUCACCGGAAAGAGUGACUCUCGCAGAUUUCAAGAACGUUUUAAAUCGGCCGAAUUACAAGUAUUUCUUCAAAUCAAUGGACGAUGACUUUGGAGUGGUAAAAGAGGAAAUAGUAGAUGAUGAUGCUCAUCUGCCAUGCUUCAACGGUCGAGUUGUCUCUUGGUUGGUAUCCGCUGAAGGUAGCAACGUCUCGGAUGGAGCGUCUCAAUGUACAGACUCUAUGGCACACAGCGAAGCAAAACAUGACCGUGUAGAUCAUGCAACCCCUGGUCAUGGUAAUAGAGGAAACCCUUCUCUUUCACACGAUGAUACAUUAACGGAAACGGAAAGUAUUAUAAGUAGUCGACAAGGACAUCACUUACAUAAAAGUUUGAGGCAUCAUUCAGAAAAAUAUGAAAAAUACAAUAAAUAUAAUGGUCUUCGGAUAAAUGGUCAUUCAAAACAUCGUUCUGGUCAUGGAUAUGAAACCGCUUCCAUCUUAAGUUCAGAUUUGGAAACUACAACAUUUUUAGAAUCUGAUGAUGAUGCGAGUAGUCGUAUUACGUCGACAACGGGUCGACAUACCAAUAUGAGUAGCACAGUUGACAGGGGCACUCUUGAUCGACGUCGCCCGCAAAGAAGACGACGACACAGAUUACCACCCAUGUCUCGAACAUCGUCAUUUAGUAGUAUUACUGACAGUACAAUGUCCCUAAAUAUUAUAACUGUUUCGCUAAACAUGGAUACUGUUAAUUUUCUUGGUAUUAGUAUUGUCGGUCAAAGCAACAAAGGUGGAGAUGGUGGAAUAUAUGUUGGUUCAAUAAUGAAAGGGGGAGCGGUUGCUUUAGAUGGUCGAAUAGAACCUGGUGACAUGAUUCUUCAAGUUAAUGACAUUAAUUUUGAAAAUAUGUCCAAUGACGAAGCGGUGAGAGUGUUACGCGAGGUAGUGCAAAAACCAGGACCAAUAAAACUUGUUGUUGCAAAAUGUUGGGACCCAAAUCCAAAAGGUUACUUUACGAUACCUCGUACAGAGCCGGUACGUCCUAUAGAUCCUGGUGCAUGGGUAGCGCACACAGCCGCUAUACGAGGCGAAGGUUUCCCACCUCGUCCACCAAGUGCCACAACAUUAACUUCAACUUCGAGCAGUCUUGCGAGCACAUUGCCAGAUACUGAACGACCCUUAGAAGAGCUUCAUUUGACUAUUCAUACAGACAUGCCGACAAUAGUACGAGCGAUGGCUCGAUCUGACUCUGGUUUAGAGAUACGCGACCGAAUGUGGCUCAAAAUUACUAUUCCAAAUGCAUUUAUUGGCGCGGAUGUUGUAGACUGGUUGAAUACGCAUGUGGAAGGAUUUCUCGACCGUCGCGAUGCCAGAAAAUAUGCAUCACUCAUGCUGAAAGCUGGCUAUAUUCGACAUACAGUGAAUAAAAUAACAUUUUCCGAGCAAUGUUAUUACAUAUUUGGUGAUCUGUGUUCAGCCAUGAGUAAUAUGAAGUUAGAUAACGAUACAGUUAGCCCGUUGCCGCCACCAAGCGCUUGGGAUAUGCCUUAUUCAGGAACAUACGCGCCACAUUCGGCGACAGGUUACAGUCCCAUGCCGUUUAAUUUUACAAAUGAGCCCACCGUAUACGGCUACCAUCGAGAAGAAAGUAUACACAGUGGUUCGGGUGGUAGCAGUGCGGGUAGCGAACGCAUUUGCAAGGAACCUAUUCACGAUUUAAAAUCAUGUUCUUCGGCAUCCGAAUCAGAACUGCAUAAUCCAUCGGUUCCAUCGAUGCCAAGUAAAAAUUCCGGCAAUGGUAACGGAUCGAACGGAAAAAGAUCUAACGGAAGCCGUAGUCGUUCCAGUGGUUCCGAACAAUCUAUUCAAACGGGAACAGGAUCAGGAAAUCAGCAAAAUCAGCAAGAUUUAUCUGGAUUGUCUACGACAAUGGGACAGCUAUUUCUUUAAAGUCGUGAAGAUAUUUUUAAAUAUCUAGUAAUUCAGUUAUUUCUAUUAUUGUUUACAAGUUCUCAGUAUAUGUAGAAACCCUGUAGAAACGUUUGUCCAAAAAAAUAUUUGCGUGAAAUAAUUAUUUCACCUCGUUCGUAAUUUUCGAUUCGUUAUAAAUAUCAUUUUGACGCGCGUGACAGACUUUUAUGUUACAUAAAGCUAUGAUAUUACCUAUAUCGAAAAAUAAUCUUUUUACAAUUAUGUUACAAUUAUGUUAUAUGCGAAUUGUAUUGAAAUUCAAUGAAAUGUACAUAUAUUCAAAUUAUGCUUAUAUUAAAUGUGCCAUCUUAUCAGUGUUACAAAAGUAUAGAAUGCUGCGAGAUUUAUAAUUUAUAUAGAUAGCUUGUGCAAGUUUACAGUCUUUUUUAAAUUAUAUUUAUCGUCUCACGCACAUAUUUCCUAAUUUAAUAAUACACAAUUUUCGUAUAUAUUUCAUUUAAGUUUUUAAGUGUGUUUUAUGUAAUGUGUUCCAAGUGCGUUUUUUUUUAUUUAUGCCAUUAUAUCAACUUUAUUUAUCGCAUUUUAUUACGAAAAGAAAAUUUGUUCUACAUUCACCUCGAUACUACAAUUACCAGAGUUGCCUUUAGUUUACAUUACUAUUGUCGUGCAUGAAGCUAAACUUUGAACCUAUGGGAUGAGCUAUUCUUUUUUUUCUUUUUUAGUAUAUCGAUAAUAAUAAGAUAUAUCUAUAAUUUUAUUGUGUACACACUAUACGAUUAAUCGUGUAAGAGAACGAUAGGUACUGUGCGUUCAAUGUUUUAUUGUACGAAACGAUCAAAUAUAGCUUCACAUAUAUUUAUAUUAAUGAUUUGCACAUAUUCGAAUAUAUUCAAAAUCUAUAAAGUAUUUGUUAUAAUGUAGAAAUAAAUAAGUAUAUCAAUGGAAAGAUUAUUUUUUUAUCCUUUGUUACGUCAAGUUUUUCAUAUUUUAUUGUUUUGUUACUCGUCGUGAAGCUAUAUUUGCAAUGUAAACGUUAUGCAAUUUUUCUAACUGAUAUACAAAAUAUAAUAUUUGCGUAAAUAAACCAUUGUAUCGACUAAAAAUAAUUUUAUAUGCAAAGAAUAUAAUACACACAUAAUUUGAUAAAAUUGAUUAUAUCCCUAAUUUUAAAUAAGCAAAUGUAUUUUUUUGUUCAUCUUAUUGUAAACGUCUUGCGAAAAAUUGCAUACGAGACGUUCGACUUUAUUGUGUAUUAUAUAUUAUAUAAUAUAAAUCUCAUGUCUUAGUUUAUGUUGCAGCCAGAUAGUGCAAUAGAUUUUAAACAAGUUGUUUUUC